GAAGCGCGGAGUGCUGGGAGCGAAACCUGGACCUCCAUCAGCGGGAAUCCCGCACCCAACCACCCUCCCUUCCCAAAGACCCUUCCUUCCGUAGCUGUGCCGGCGCCGCUGCCCCCGCGGCUCUCCGGAAGAUGCACCCUGGGAGAGCGCUCGCCUUUGCUGGCGCGCACGGCUGGGGGCCGGAGCCCGGAGUCUCCACCUCUUUCGGCCUCGGACUCCGCCCCGAAACCUGGCGACGGCAAGUUGGGCUCGCGAAACGACGAGGUUGAAGCUGGCAGGAGGAGGAGGCGGCUGUAGUGGCGGGCAGGCGGCUUCCUUCGCCUCACUCUCUGCCGCGGGGCGAUUGUUUCCAGCGGCUCCGAAGCGGGGAGGCUGCGCUAAGGAAAAAGGCGGGCUUGCGCUGCAGCCGGGGAGACCCUCCAGCUUGCAGGCAAUGGUCCACCCUCGCUGCCUUGCUCGUCCCCUCUUUCCCCCCCUGGCUUGGAAGCUUUUGUUCUCUCCAGUUCGGGGCACAAGAGAGCUACCUGCCGCCGCCGCUCCUGCUUCCCGACGUCAGGAAAGUUCGAGGAGAAAAGCGCCUCGGGUCCGACCUCCUAUGAGCUGCGGCGCCUUCAGUUUGCUUCUUGCAGUCCAAGAGAUUCUUCCUCUCUCGUCCAGGUGAACUUCAAUCCAGAACCCACACCCAACACCAUCUGUAACCUGCUCUGCUGUUCGUUUGUAUGCAUUUGAAAAGUCAACUGUAUCAUGUGGUUUCCUGCACUGAUGCUCUAAGAAUUAUGGACCAAAGCACUGCCAUGAAGGGUACAAGUCAACCUUCCUUCUUCUGGAUAUGUCACUAUAAUUUCGCCAAGGGCCCUGAAUCAUGACACCGUCUUAUUUAUUAAAAUGCCUUGAAGUCGCUUUUUCUCUCUGCUAAAGUGAUGGUUUUCCCCGCAACGCAGACACCAGCUCAUCCUGUGUCAUUAAAUGCAACUUUUAUUGUCUAUGAACAUGCCCAUGCCAAUAUUACCACUCCGUUGAUCUUGGUCCAUAAAGGCGCAGCUCAGCUACUGAAAUACCAUUUGGGUGCCAUGGUUACUACUGAGAUAGCUCCUUUGACAAUCAAUAGUACACCUGCCCUCCUGUUACAGAGCUUCACAAGCUUGAGUCUACCGCUCCAGAUCGUCCUUUCUGCUGCCAUGAUAUUUAUUUUCCUUAUUUCUUUUGUCGGUAAUCUGGUCGUCUGCCUUAUGGUUUAUCAGAAGACUGCGAUGCGAUCUGCCAUUAACAUACUUCUAGCUAGUUUGGCUUUUGCAGACAUGCUGCUUGCUGUGUUGAACAUGCCUUUUGCUCUGAUAACCAUCAUCACUACCCAGUGGAUUUUUGGCGAUGUCUUCUGCAGAGUCUCUGCCAUGUUCUUCUGGCUGUUCGUCAUCGAAGGAGUUGCCAUACUACUCAUCAUCAGCAUUGAUAGGUUCCUCAUAAUAGUUCAAAGGCAGGACAAGCUGAACCCUUACCGAGCAAAAGUCCUCAUCGCUGCUUCGUGGCUUGUGGCCUUCGUUGUGGCUUUUCCACUCUCUGUGGGGAACCCCAGCCUACAGAUACCUUCCAAAGCACCUCAGUGUGUCUUUGGUUACACAACGAACCCGGGUUACCGCGCCUAUGUAGUAGUGGUGGUUUUGGUCUCGUUUUUCAUUCCAUUCCUCGUAAUGUUAUAUUCUUUUAUGGGCAUCCUCAAUACUGUACGGCACAAUGCAGUUCGUAUCCAUAGUCACCCGGAUAGCAUAUGCCUCAGUCAAGCUAGCAAACUUGGUCUCAUGAGCCUCCAGAGACCCUUUCAAAUGAAUAUUGAUAUGAGCUUUAAAACUCGUGCCUUCACCACCAUAUUGAUUUUAUUCAUUGUCUUCAUAAUUUGCUGGGGCCCCUUCACCACCUACAGCCUUAUUGCCACAUUUAACAGCCACUUUUAUCACAAGCACAACUUUUUUGAAAUAAGCACCUGGCUCCUUUGGCUCUGCUACCUCAAGUCUGCUCUGAACCCACUCAUCUACUACUGGAGAAUCAAGAAAUUUCACGAUGCGUGUUUAGACUUAGUGCCCAAGUACUUCAAGUUUUUGCCACAGCUACCUGGUCAAGCUAGAAGACGGAUCCGACCGAGUGCUGUUUAUGUGUGCGGGGAGCACCGGUCAGUAGUGUAAGCCUCGCAGCAAAUGGACAUUUGCUUUUUUCUGAUAUAUGCCUGUUUUAGUGGGUUUUUUUUUUAAUGGCUUCUUUAGCUGUCAGAUUUACAAUUUUUAGAAUUCACAUUCAGCUUUAAGGAGGAGAUAUUUGUUGAGCUUUUCUACCAGAAUAUGACUAUACUAUGUUGUUGACCACCUACCAAAGAAGUUCUAUAUACAUGGGGAAGGAAUUGUGUGUAUAGGGCAAAGCUUUCUAUUGCAUUGGCUUUUGCUGCUGAAAGAGACCAGUUGAAAUGCCACUUUUGUCUUCCAUAGACAGGGUUGCAAAAUGUAAGCUUCAAAGAAUCCUUGAACCGUUUGCACAGUUAUUCCCUCCAUGUAUAUGUAGCUCUUUAUGGACCGUAUGCCACUGCCUCCCCGGUUCUUUGGUAGAAAGGAAAACUCAUUUUGGAUGUACGUCAAGCGAUCUUAAGCACUGCUAACCAUUUCAUUGUAGAUGUUAAUGCUGCUAUUUUAUGGUACAUUUAAAUGAAUACUUAAUAGGCUUUUUUUUCCAAACGAUGUUGCUGCAUAGAUGAGCCAAAAUGUUUGCAUUUAGUUAAUUAUUUGCAGGAAUUGCAGUGACAUUAAGGGGGGAAAAAACACAUUCAUGCACUUUAAACAGAACUGGGUGGAGGGGAGUGAAUGGGGGUGAAGAAAGUUUCAGUGACUUCUAACAUUUUUGUUUCUUGCUGCAAGGUUUUUAAUUCUUCCACCAGUUUUGCAGUGUUUUGGAAUGAUGCUAUAACAUACUUGGUUCUCAGAACUAUUUUAUAGUCCUUUUUGAGUUUACUUGAAUGACAGAAGUAUGUAGUGUAAAUUCAUUUAGAUGAAGACACUUACGUAACACUUAUUACAAUCUAGAGGAAUUAAAGUGCUUUAAAUCCUUCUAAAGUCAAAAGGAAUUAAACUGAAUUCCAGUUACUUAAAAACACAUGAGAUUUGUCUUUGAUUAUUAUUUCAAUGGGAUGUACAUGGUUAUUCAUAUUCAACGUCAUGACUUUAGCCCCACAAAAGAAUAACUGAUCCUGCAUUAAAAAAGCAUAUAGUCAUUUGUAAGCAUAUCAUGGAAAUAUGAAUUCCCUUUGAAUAUCAAACUCUUACUACGAACUGUGUUGAAUCAAUAUUCAGUUAGAAGAUACACUUGAAAUUUAGUUAAAUAUAUUUUUUAAUUUAUAAAUUGGACCUGUACAUAGUAUAGAAUUCUUUUGAUGAAGAAGUUUUUUUGUUUUUUUAAAAAAGAUUUUUGUCUAAACUGAGAAAAUAAAAAUUUCCACAUUUUCUCUCCACAUGCUUACAAAUUGAUGUUAUCUUGCUUGAAUUACAAAAAUGAUUUAUUUUUCCUUUUUCUUUUCCUGUCAAGACAAACUAUAUUAUGAGGUUGCAUAGUCAGCUAUGUUUCUCUUGCAAUAUCCUGAAACUAUGUUCUCUUUUAAGAAAAGCUGAAAAAAUAAAUACUCAGGAGUAUUUAUCUUAAUCUUUUAAAUACAUUUGACCAAUGUACAUAUAUUAAAACUUGUGUCAGUUCUGUUAUAUGUGCACUUUUCUAAAAAACCCUUGUUGUCAUUCCUUUACAUAACCAAAAUAACUACUUAACGCUGGAAUAAUUUCUUAAUUUAAAUCCUUUAAAUUUUAAAAAGUUGCAUUAGGGCAGAAUAGGUCAUGGUCAGAAGCAGAUUUGUUAAUUCAGAACUGUUGAUUCAUGUGACCUAACUUUAUAGCACACUACAUUUAUUUCAUGUCUAAAAGACAACCUAGUUUCUUAUCCAGCUUGAUGAAUUACCAUUGUUGUCAGCAACCAGGAACAUUGUUUUGUCUUCCCAAGUAAAGCAUUUCUUGAAUACCUUGAACACAUGACAAAAUUCCCAGGGUGGAAGGAGUGGGGAUGGGAAUACACCAUGGGCCUUACUCUACACGGUUGUAAUAUUCCCUCUCCUCUCAUACCCAUAAUGUAACCCAGGGCUGUCAAACUUGCAGCCCGUGGGCCGGAUGUGUCAUGUGCUGGCCAUGCCCACACCCGGUUUAGCAAAGGGGGAAAAAGUCCCGAUACAACAUGUGAUGCCAUCGUGACGACACAAGUUUAACACCCCUGAUCUAACUUCUGAGUUAUACCUAUACAUUAUACAUUGAGAAUCCUUUAUGCAUAAACUUCCUGGCUUAUAAUUCCAGAUUCAUUGUGUAGGCAUUAAUUGGUAGGACUAAACAGAUCAGAUGGCAUGGGCCGGUUGGCCUUGAAACUGUGGAGCCUCUUCUUGUAAAUAAAGCAUGCAAGGGAAACGCAAGACGAGUUAAUGCUCUGAUAGACAUAAUCAGGAACAACUUCAGAUAAAAUUAUAUUUAGAACUGAGCAUUCUUGCAUUCCUGGAAUUUAAAACUUUGGAAGAGAAGAAGAAAGAUAACCUUGCUAUUAAUAUUUCAACUAUAGAAAUUGGGUUAUGUUUUCUAUAGAGCUGGAAUAAUCGGGACUUUCAUCUGUUUGGCUACUGUAUCAUGUCAAUUGGCCAUCCCUUCCAUUAUAGGGUUUAUCCUAGAAGUGCUACUUUUAGCAGUAGAUCAAUAAAAUUUUCAUACUCGGAGAUGUUUGGAACAGCUUAUUCCUUAAGCUAUGGAAAGAUUCUUAACCUUAAAUGGCAACCUAUUUUUUUUUUAUUUACAUUUAUAUCCCGCCCUUCUCCGAAGACUCAGGGCGGCUUACAGUGUAUAAGGCAAUAGUCUCAUUCUAUUUGUAUAUUUACAAAGUCAACUUAUUGCCCCCCCAACAAUCUGGGUCCUCAUUUUACCUACCUUAUAAAGGAUGGAAGGCUGAGUCAACCUUGGGCCGGGCUUGAACCUGCAGUAAUUGCAGGCUAUUGUGUUCUAAUAACAGGCUCCUUACAGCCUGAGCUAUUCCAGCCCCUAUGGCAUGCUCUGCUAUAAAUGAGUACUUCUCUUACCUUAUAGCAAAAUGAAAAAGGUUGGUUAUAAUAGUUAACCAAAUUGUUACUUUGCUAACUACAAUUCAUUAAUAAUUGAUCACAUUGAUCCAAAGCAGUCUGGAUGACAAAGAAACAUUGACACUAUUUCUGAAAAUACAUGCUAUCUCCUUGGACUUAAAACAGCUGUGUAGACCUAAAAGGACAAUGCUAACUGCAGUGUCCAACUGCAGUGUCUCAUUCCCAGGUAAGUGUGCCCAUGGUGUCUAGUAAACCAGUUCUGGAUUCUUUGGACGAUCAAUGAGUUGUGUUAUACCUCUGGAUUUAUAUCUAAAGCAAAUAUGCUUAUUGAGAAAAUUCAGCUUUCAUUUUAACAGCUUGAAAAUGAAAUGUUUGCUCCUAUUAACAUGUCAAAAUCAGAAGAGCUGGGGCAAAGUUUCCAAAUUUCUCAUAAUACCUCAUAAUCUGUUUCCUCUGUUGCUUCUUGUCUGUUCUUUUCACUUUAUCAUUGGAAUGGCCAAGUACAAAGAAUCCAAGAACUACUGUUGUCAAGAAACACUUAACAGAAGGAAGUGUAAUCAUGUUUAAUGUUUACAUUUUAAAUUAUUUUAGCUUACACUGUUAUCGCCAUUGGCUCUUUUAAUAUACUGUUGUUUUAGAACAGUGCCUUUUCAUUUGAUAUUGAUUUUUAUAUCCUCCUAAACUUGAAAAUCCUUCAAUUCAGCUGGUAAUCAGCCUCUUCAUAGAUGUGUCCAUAUGCUGUUCUACCAAGAUUACACCCCUGGUUAAAGAAAACCCAUAUAGGCAAAGGUUUUAGAAGGCAACACUUCCUUAUAUCUCAUGAUUUUAUUAAAACAUUCUAGGUAAACACAUUCUUUUGUUCCUCCUUUUAAAAUAUAUAUUUUUGUUCAAACUUGGAAAUGAAGGACAGGGUGCUGAAGUAAGAUAUAUUUUUAAAUAUAUAUAUACAUAUAUGUAGUUAUUUAAGCAGAUUUGUCAAAUUCACAUUUAAAAGGAGUUUCAUGAGAGAUGUUUUAUACUCUGAAGGGGUGUCUUAUGGAAGCAUUUACGGUAUACUGAAUAACAAAGUAGCGUCCUCCCUCUCCCUUCUCUUCAGUGUGGUAUUUUUAUAAGAUUGUUUUUAAUGAGCUUUAUGUAAGUUGCUAUCAGUUUAAUUCUCUUUCUCUCAUGCAACAUCUCUUAUGCAACAUCCUUGUAAACAAAUGUAUUCAUUUAUUUUUGCCAUAUAAAAACAAAGCACCACAACAUACUGUGGUUGCAAAAGAAAAAGUGAUGACUUCCUUAUUUCUUUGUAGAUAUAUUAUUAGCCAUUGAUGAAAAACAGACCUCAGUUUUUAAAUUUUAAAGUUAAACGACCUGUAUGUAAUGUACAUAUAUUUCCAUGGAAAUAAUUACACUAAACAAUUAUUAAGACAAUUUUUUCUGUAACAGUUUAUAGGGAAAUGGCUAUUAUUAACUAGCUAGAUUUAUUCUUGGAACUAUCAGUUAAAAUGUUCUAAAAAUUAGUUUUGGUGCAUUUGGUUGAAACACCAUUUUAAAGUCUCUUCAUAUGAAAACUAAUGCUCAGACUUGAGAAUUUUUUUGUAGACGUUCAAAAAUAGCAAUUAAAAGCUUCAGAUAAGAUCAUGUUAUGUCAGAUGGGUGGAAGAAUGUGAGCACAUAAAGAAUUUCUGAUAAAGGCAGCAAGAUAUUUAAAAGAACAAUGAAUGGCUCAUUCCAGUUUUCAUUUCUAAUGUGAAUUUCUGUGCAAAUAAUUAAUGAAAUGUCUUGUUUACACUAGACUGACAAUCUGGAGUUGUCCAGGUUGUUCAGUUGGGCACUUUUGUCGAAAAGAGGGGCAUGUAACUUUUUCUUGAUUGAGGUGUCUAUGUGAUCUUUGAGUGAUGUGGUACACAAACAAAGGCUGUAUUCCAAGAAGCAGUGGGACAGGCCAUAACAAAAAUCAAAUUUGUCAUCAUUUGCAUUUAAGUUUAAUUAAAAUUAAUUAUAAUUAGUCUGAUUGUUCUCCUGUCCUUAUUCAUCAUUUCCCCCUCUCAUUAAAAUUACAGAUUAGUAACGAUCCAGAGAUCUUGGAUUAACUUCAUACUCUUUAAACAAAUAUGAACACAAAAUUGCUUUAUAUUUACAAGUUGGAAAAAGGUUGAACUGUUGCUCUCUAAAUCCACAAAAUUCAAUUCAUGUGUAGAAGCUCAAAAAUUGUCAAAAGUUUUAAUAUUGUAAUCUAGUAAAGAACACUCUAAUAAUAACAAUAUCAGAAAGAGA